AUGAAGACGAACAAUUUUUCAAAUCGUUUAAAUUGGACAAAACCCGCAGCGCAGAUCUGUAAUAAAGAUCGAUCCAAUUCUGAGCUCUCGGCAAUGGCGUCACCGGAAGCUCCGGCGAUGGACGAUAUGUCGAAGGAGAUAACAAAUCUUCUCCCACUGGCCUCCGCCGCGCAGCAGCCCUAUGUCUCUGAGCUUCUCUCGUUCACUCUCGAUCGCCUGCACAAGGAACCGGAAUUGUUGAGAGUAGAUGCCGAAAGAAUCCGGCGGCAGAUGCAGGAGGUAGCGGUCGGCAAUUACCGCGCUUUCAUCGCAGCGGCAGAUGCGUUGCUUGAGAUCCGACAGGAAGUUUCUUCAAUCGACAAACAUCUCGAGUCUCUGAUUGCUGAGAUUCCAAAGCUGACUUCUGGGUGUUCGGAAUUUGUUGAUUCAGCAAAACAUAUACUGGACAAAAGGAAGAUGAAUGAAACAUUGCUGGCAAAUCAUAGUACUUUGCUAGACUUGCUUGAAAUUCCUCAUCUCAUGGACACAUGUGUUAGGAAUGGAAACUAUGAUGAGGCUCUUGACUUGGAAGCCUAUGUUGCAAAACUUAGUACAAUGCACCCCAAAAUUCCCGUGAUCCAGGCUCUAGCUGCAGAAGUUCGAGAAACCACUCAAUCUCUUCUUUCUCAACUUCUUCAUAAACUCAGAUCUAACAUCCAGUUACCAGAAUGCCUCCGCAUCAUAGGGUAUUUACGGCGAAUAGGAGUGUUCAGUGAGUAUGAGUUACGUCUGCAGUUUCUAAGAUGUCGUGAAGCCUGGCUUACUGGAAUACUUGAUGAUUUAGAUCAGAGGAAUCCUUAUGAAUAUUUGAAAGGGAUGGUAAACUGUCACAGAAUGCAUCUUUUUGAUGUUGUUAACCAGUAUAGAGCCAUAUUUGCGGAUGACACAUCAGGAAGUGAAGAAAACUAUGAUGGUGGCCUUCUUUUUGAUUGGGCAAUGCAUCAGAUUACCUUGCACCUGAAGAUGCUUAAAGUCAUGCUUCCUAAGAUAAGUGAGGGAGGAUCAUUGUCAAAUAUUCUGGAUCAAUGCAUGUAUUGCGCAAUGGGCCUCGGUUGGGUUGGUUUGGAUUUCCGCGGACUGCUGCCCCCACUUUUUGAAGAAGCAGUGCUUAAUUUGUUUUCAAAGAAUAUGAACACAGCUGUUGAAAAUUUUCAGUUAGUCUUGGAUUCUCAUCGUUGGGUCCCAUUGCCAGCCGUCGGAUUCCCAUCCAGUAGUUUGGGUGAAGAAAGCCAUGACGACAUUGCACCUCCUUCAAAUCUUAUGGAGCAUCCACCUCUUGCCGUGUUUGUGAAUGGUGUAUCUGCAGCGAUGAAUGAACUGCGUCCUUGUGCUCCACUAAGCCUAAAACACCUGAUUGCGCAGGAACUAAUCAAGGGUUUGCAGGCUGUUAGUGAUUCUCUACUUAGAUAUAAUACCACAAGGAUGCUUAGAGAUAAUGAGUCGGCACUUUUCCUUAAACUGUGCCAAGCAUUUGUCGAGGUUGCUUUUCCUCACUGUGCUACAUGCUUCGGCCGAUGCUACCCUGGUGGGGCGACACUCAUCACCGAAGCGAAGAACUUGUUCGAUGGAAUUUCGCGGCUUCUGGCAUCCAUGCCAUCGAGGGAAUUACCAAAACCUGCCCAUACAGCCGAUUCCAAUCAUGUGAUGGAAAACGGUAAUUCGCCCAAAGUGGAGAACGCUGAGGCACCGGAUAUAGAAAGAACUUCAAGCUCUGGUAUCGAUGAAAAGGAACAAAAUUCUAAUAACCCGACCACCGAGGACACGCCAGCGACUAAUGAUGGAGUUAUAGGAUCGCCGGUAGAGGUAUGAGAUCACCAAAUCACUCCUUGCUUCCCUUAUCUAAAUAUCGCUACUGGGAUCUAGCGCUUGUUUUGUUUCUUCGCCAAUUAUACGGUACCGUCACGAGCGAAGAAGCGAUCGAAGAUCGGAUUAUCUGAUAAUUACUGUAUGAUCCUUAGUUUUGGAGAUGAGAAGGUUGAUUAUGAUAUAUAGAGACACCUAUGUAGUUAUAUUCUUUUUGUACUUAACAUCGGUUUCAAACUGUUUUGAAAAUGAGCUGUAAUAAGAUAGAUUAUACAGACUUCGACGGAGACAUAGUUGGGCUGCCUUCAUAAGUACAUUGCUGCUGUUCUUGCCUGUCUUCUCCUUUGCCGAUUUUUAGUCUGUUUGACUCGUUAACAA